GUCACCGUGGACCCCUCCUUGUCCAGCACGCUGCCUCCCGCCUGCUGUGACCUCACUCUCUCCUGCUGUCCUGGGACCUCGCAGGCCUCCUCCCGGGUCCCCUUCCCGCUCCUCCUCCUCUGUUUGGCCGUCUGGUGGUUAGGGCGCUCCCCAGGCCUCAGGAGGAUGAGGAAUAGAUUAACCAUCCCGCUCCCCUGGGCUCCCUUCAUUCAUUCAUCCAGCCAGUGUUCCCAGGAGCUCACUGUGGAUCAGGCUCCCUGUGGGAGCUGCAGACACAGCAGGGAGCAGAGCCACCCCCGCCUCUGGAGCUCACCUCGUGGUGGGAGACAAAAUGCAAAUAAAUGCAUGUGUGCAGGAGUGCAGCGUGCUGUAAGAAACAUAAACCAGGGAAAGGGCAGAGAGUGUGGGGCAGUGGGGCCAGUCUGAAUGUAAGGGGAGGGCUGUCUGCUCAGCUGUCAUCUGAGAAGCCUGGACGGAGGGAGCCACAGGAUCCUCUAAUGGACAAGCCCCUGCAGGCAGAGGAAACAGCCAUGCAAAGGUCCUGAGGCAGCAGCAAGCUCUUGCAGGAAGGUGGGCAUUAGGCUGCAGCCAAAUGGGCAAGGUCAGAGUGAGGAGAGGCCAGAACCACAGGGAGGGAGCGGCCAGACCCUCCACGGCCUUAGGGCAUCCCUGAGAUUCCAUCAGGAAAGGGAUGUAAUCGGAUCACCCUGGGAACAGUGGGGAAAAUUGACUCCAGGGGGUCAGGGGGACUCAAGGACACCCCCCACCACUGUCUUUCUCCAGCAGAGACCACACGAUGAAGACCCCCAGACAGUGACAUACGCCCAGGUGAAACACUCCAGAUCUAGGAGAGAAAUGACCUCCCCUCCCUCCCCACUGUCCGAGGAAUUCCUGGACACAAAGGACACACAGGUGGAAGAGGACAGGCAGAUGGACACUGAGGCUGCUGCAUCUGAAGACCCCCAGGAUGUGACCUACGCCCAGCUGCAGAGCUUGACCCUCAGACGGGAGGCAACUGAGCCUCCUCCACCCCAGGAAGGGGAACCUCCAGUUGAGCCCAGAGUCUUUGAGACUGGCCAUCCACUAGCCCAUGGGGGACCCAGAUCCUACACUGAACAGAAGGAGACUCAGGGAUUCCAGAAGGCAUGGGAGCUGCCACCAGUGGACACCAAUGAACCCCAGCCAGCCUGGACCCCUAACAGAGACCACGAGGAUAUCCUGGGAACUUUGGGACUCACUCAAUUCUGCAGUUAAAGAUGACUAAUAUCCUUGCAUUUUUGAAAUAAAGCCACAGACUUCUCAAUAAAUCAAUGAGCUGAGAAAAUUAAAACAGAAAUUAGAGAAUGGUAUAAAUUGAAUGAUAAUGUAAAUAUUACACAUUAAAUGAUGAAAUCGGAAAA